GAGCCCUUCCCUCCACUCAUUCGUUUCGCGACGCGUCGUCUCGCCGGCCGGCUUCCGCCUCAUUCGACCGGGCUCAUUCGCAUCGCGUCCGCUUGCCGUAUCGCUCGACAGUUCAUUCCACCACACAUUAAACAUGACGGAAAGCACAGAAACCCCUGCUGCCGCAGCGCCUGAAAAGACCCCAACUGAAAAUGGCACAACUGAAACUCCUCCUGAGGAAACGCCUGAGAAGGCCACGGAGGAGAAAGAGAAGGAGACUCCACCGCCAAAGGAGAUGCGCGCAGUCGUUCUCACUGGUUUCGGUGGUCUGAAAACUGUUAAGAUUUUGAAGAAACCCGAACCUACAGUUGCUGAAGGGGAGGUCCUCAUUCGCGUUAAGGCAUGCGGUUUGAACUUCCAGGAUCUGAUCGUGCGACAGGGUGCUAUUGAUUCACCACCCAAAACACCUUUUAUCCUUGGCUUCGAAUGCGCCGGAGAGAUCGAGCAGAUCGGAGAAGGCGUUACUAACUUUAAGGUCGGAGACCAGGUUGUCGCUUUACCCGAGUAUAAAGCCUGGGCUGAGCUGGUGACUGUACCCGCUCAAUAUGUAUACGCUCUACCCGAGGGUAUGUCUGCAUUGGAUGCGGUGGCAAUUACCACUAAUUACGUGGUGGCCUACCUACUGCUCUUCGAGAUGGCCAACCUGACGCCUGACAAAAGCCUCCUCGUUCACUCCGCUGGCGGUGGUGUGGGUCAAGCUGUGGCUCAACUGGCGAAGACGGUGGAAAAUGUAACAGUUUUCGGCGUGUGCUCCAAAAGCAAGCAUGAGGCUUUGAAAGCUAACAAUAACAACAUUGAUCAUCUGCUUGAGAGGGGCAGCGACUACACCAGUGAAGUUAGGAAGAUUUCACCGGACGGUGUCGACAUUGUGUUGGAUUGCCUCUGCGGUGAAGAAUGUAACCGUGGCUACUCUCUCCUUAAACCAAUGGGCCGAUAUAUCCUCUAUGGAUCAUCUAACAUCGUGACCGGCGAAACUAAGAGUUUCUUCAGCGCAGCGCGUGCCUGGUGGCAAGUGGACAAGGUGUCUCCCAUCAAGCUGUUCGACGAGAACAAGAGCCUGGCCGGGCUGAACCUGCGACACCUGCUGUUCCAGCACGGCCGCGCCGACACCGUGCGCCGCGCCGUGCAGCGCGUGUUCGCGCUGUGGACCGACGGGAAGGUCAAGCCGCUGGUGGACUCCACCUGGGCGCUGGAAGACGUCGGUGAGGCGAUGCAGAAGAUGCAUGACCGCAAAAACAUCGGCAAGCUCGUACUUGAUCCGUCGUUGGAGCCGAAGCCCAAGCCCGCUACGCCAGCCAAGGGUAAGGCCGGUAAGGAGAAGAAGCCAGCUAAGGAAAGCUCCGAGGACAAAAAGGAUAAGGAGCCUAAAGAAGAGGAGAAAAAGACGGAGAAUGGUGACAAGAAUGGUGAGGAGGUCACUAACGGUAGCGACGAAGGUCAGUCUCGAUCUAUGGCCAGGCAUGCGUAGUAUAGCCGCUUCACAUCAGUCCAAGGAGAAGGAGAAGGAGAAGGAAUCUAGCUGAAUUGUUUCGCCAAAGGACAGGACCAGACAAACCACCGCCAAUUGAUUAUUUUAGAGUUGAUGCUGCUCGUUUUGACGGCCGCCUUGUGCUUACACCGGCGUCUCACUGUGUUGCCUCAUGUUUUAUGUUUAAUAAAAUUAUUCAAUAAGUCUGAGUACGGCUCUGUCCGAUCCUCUCUCUUCUUUAUUGUUUUCAUAAAUGUAACAAUCGGUUCGGACAUUCUCGUACAAUUCUUGAUAAGUUUAGUGCAUAUAAUUCUAUCAUCACAUUCUAUUCUUAUAUAUUUUAAAGUAAUAUUAUUUAAAUAGUAAUGAAUUUGUUAUUCGACCAGCGAAUUUUCAAUGAAUUUCGAGUUUAUUCCAAUUUUAAUUUCUAUUCAGGCCUAAGUUAAGAAGUUUUCGGAUUGUCGAGUCUUAUAGUUUAAUGUUUAAGACUUUAUUUUAGGAUGAGAUAUUUUAGUCUGCAGUUAUUUUGAAUGGCUAUUGUAUAUCUAAGGUGCAGAGAUGCUUAAUCUUUAUGUAUGUUAAGCUUUAAUAUUUUAUUAGUAAAUGUUUAAAAUUUGGCCCUGGAGACCCACCCCCGCCCUCGCGCCGCGGGUCGUUCACUCACUCGCCGCUCUUUGGAACUUCAAACGAAUGAAACCUUGCGUGUGAUAUUUUGUACUAGGUAUGCUAGAUAUUUUGCGGUAUUUUAUGCUGCCUAUACAUGACAUUGAUUUUUAUUAUUUGAGUGUAAAAUACAAUCGAAAGUUUUAUAAUUAUAUUUUUAUACUUAGAAGUUUUGUAAAUUAUUUUCUAGUUAAGAAAAGAAACAAAAAUCAAAAGUCACUCAAUUGCACCGGUCAUUGUGUGUUGAACGCGAUAGUCCGUUAGCUCAGACUACAAACACUAAACCGAUACCGACAAGCUUCAUGAAAUAGAAGUGGCUAAGUACUUUGUGACUGUCGGUGAUUUAUUGUGAAAUCAACGUGAUUACGACACCUAUGAUAUAGUCAUAUUUUUAUAAACCAAAUGUCGACUAUGAGAUCUCUUGUUAAGUAAAAAGCUUUUUAUGUAUCUUUACACACAAAUAUCACAUAUCUAAACAUAAUACACUUACUUAAACACAAUGUAUAUUAGGAAUAAUGUUUUGAUAACAAUAUUCACAGCAUUUCUUUUCAUAUACCUAGCAUAUAAUUAAAAGUACUCUUGAUUUUCAUAAAUUUGUAAGUAACGUUUACGGCCAUAUAAUGUACAGUAUGGUUAUAACCUAUAAGUGUAUGUAUCCAGUACUAAUAAACUUUUUAUCUGUAUAACAUAUCAAGCGCAUGUAAAAUUUAUAAUCGAAAGGCUGAGGUAGUCCGGAUUUACGGAAUAAAACGAGGCUAUAUAGUUUUCAAUACCUGCAUAUAUACUUACUGCUCAAUAAUACUACCUGCCAGCGUUGACGCAAUGUAUGUUCGAAUCCAAUUGCAAACAGACAAACUCGUAGAUUUUUUUAUAAAUGUUUACCCUUUUCGAACGUUUUUUGCACGAGCAUAAUUUGCGUGAGCGCGUAUUUAGUGUCCGAACUUAGUAUCACUUAAAGUGUUUAGUGCAAAGCGUAGAAACCGUUAGUCGUUGGUUGUGAGCUCGCGAGCACCAGAUCAGGAUUAGACUGCCUCCGACUCGGAUUGAAACAAAUGAAUAAAUGUUAUAAUGAUAAUCAAAUGGAGCGGCAACGCGCUGCGGCUGCGACAUGUUGCUUUAUCGUACGGUGGCUUGGUGCUAGUUUCGUAUCGUGCGCGGAUAAAUCUCGCUUCAGUGUCUCGGACCAAUAUCUUAAAGCUAUUUAGUCUUCUUACCAGUAAUUCUCGUCGCUUUAUGUGUCAAAUAUGUGCGAAUUCCUUAAUGUUAACAUAUAUUAUUAAAUUCUUGUGUAUAUCGACCUGUAUAAUGGUUUAGAUUUAUCUGAAUUCUCUUCUAUAAGGUUAACUGAUGAAACUCAACAAUGAUAACGUGGCUGGGGUGACCGCGCCGUUUGUGAUUGUGUCCAAAAUUUUUGUAGGUUAGUAUCGAAUUUGAUGCCAAUAUUUAUUGUCGAGAAGAGCGCCAGAAAUGGUGGAACUUGCGCCGUCACGCCAGCUACAGACUGGGUCGUUAACAUAUUACACAUUUAUUUUUGUAAGGGCGGGCCAGUGUGAUAUCUAUACUAUAAAAUGGAUAAAUAAAUAUGUAUGAUCUGUAAAAAUGCUUA